AUGUCCUGCUGGUAUCGUUGGCAUGAAGAACCUCUUCCAUCAGCCGAAGUUGUCGAGAAAUGGGAACAUGAUGAUAUUGUAAAAUUCCUUAGCGAAAAAAAAUAUUUUGGCCUCAAUGACGAUGAUAUAAAAAUAAUCAAGAAUAAAAAUUUUAAUGGCACAGCAUUUCUUAGGUUGACUGAAGACAAACUUGAAAAGUGGGAAAUUUCGGAAGGACCAGUAAUAGUAAUAGCAGAUUUUGUCAAAAUGCUCAAUACUUAUGUUGUAACGAAGGAGGAAUACUUCACAUUCCCAGAUGAGACAGAAGAAGAGCAUAUUAUAAUAAGUCAUGUGUUGGACGUCUUUCCACCUAUAAAAAGAAAAAUUUCAACUCCGCAUAUAGAGAAAACAAAACCUGGUAUGAAUGAGGUCUCAAAAAAUUCUGACCAAAUAAAAUCAGACUCGCAAGUUGAAUCAGUAGAACGUAAGUCAAUUCAUUUGUCUACUGACGAAGAUUUAAUGAGCAUAGUUUGGACUGCUAGCCCCAAGAUUGAUUUAGCGAUCAUUGUAGAUACAUCACAGCAACCGUUCUCAUCCUAUACUUUCCCAAAGAUGAAAGUUCUUUUCGGUUUGAAAGCUGAUAGCUAUGUAGAAUUGCCACGUUUUACAGAAGGAACUUCAGAAAUAAAUGAGGCGCUUGGAGAUGAUGUGAUUAAAAAUAUUUUAGAAAUAUAUAUGGCAUCACCAUCUAUUGUGGGUAUAAAUGAAGCAACCUGUUGUGAAUUUAUUUCGCGAAUUAUCUAUAAAGUUGCAUCGAUGUUUGGUGGUAUUGUAAAAGUUUAUCCUCAAUAUGAGGUAUCUGGAAGCCAUGGCAAGGGACCAAUCGACUGGGCGAUCAAGGUGGAGGAUACAAUUAUCUCCGUGACUGAGGCAAAAAGAGAAAACAUUGAUCAAGCUGAUAUGUAUGGACAUGUAAUGUACGGCGUUGUCACAACCGGUAGGGCUCAUGACACCAUCUUGUUGGGUGUUGAAGCAGAAUUACUUUUAAUCUUGAUGUUUCUAAUAUUAGGAGUCGAUUGGAUAAUAACCAAGAUCAUCUUAAGUAAUGAGAAUGAUAACGAGAAUGGGGAUGUUCAAGUUUAUUGGAGUUCCAAGUUACCUGUGGCACUACCUAUCAAUAAGCGAUCAUUAACUCAUGAUGACCUGGUACAACCUAUUAACGAUUUACUAGAACAAAUUAAGUGGGUUUAUGAUCUACAAAUUGAAUCGCAAAAACGGCAACGUACAGAUUAA